AUGCGAGAAACAAUAACUGGAGAAGAUGGUUAUCCUACGUAUAGAAGGAGAUCUCCCGAGCAAGGAGGUUUCACAGCAGAAUUGAGAGUAAGACGAGAGAUUAUCACGGUAGAUAAUAGAUGGAUUGUACCAUAUUCUCCGGUUUUAUUACGUACAUUCGAAACUCAUAUCAAUGUCGAAUUUUGUGGUAGUAUGAAAUCUAUCAAAUACGUUUGCAAAUACGUAAACAAGGGUAGCGAUCAAGCUUCAUUCCAUGUAGCAAACGGAAAUGAUGAAAUUAGUAUGUACCAAACUGGCCGUUACAUUUCUACUUCAGAGGCAUUUUGGCGCAUUUUUGAAUUCCAAAUACACGAGAGAUACCCUCCGGUAAUUCAACUAGAUGUUCAUCUCGAGAAUGGACAAAGAGUUUAUUUUAGGCCUGAAAAUGUUCAAGAUCGUGUAGAAAAUCCGUCUAAUACAACAUUGAUGGCUUUCUUUAAACUCUGUCAAUCAGACAAUUUUGCCAAAUUGUUAUUGUAUUGUGAAGUACCCUCAUACUACACAUUCAAUAAACAAAAAGGUCAAUUCUCGAGAAGGAAACGAGGUAAACCGGUACAAGGUCAUCCAGCUGUAGCUUCCUCAGGAAUUGCUGCUACCCUUUUACCAGGUGGCAGGACUGCACACUCAAUGUUCAAAAUUCCAAUUAAUAUUGAUCAAAUGGAAAUUCCGUUGUGUUCUAUAACAAAAAAUUGCAAUAUGGCUAAGGUGCUGAGAGAAUGUGUUUUGAUAGUAUGGGAUGAAUGUACAAUGGCAAAUAAAAGAGGAAUUGAAGCUUUAGACCGCACUCUGCAAGAUGUCCGGAAUUGUAACUUAACUAUGGGUGGCGUUAAUUUAUUAUUUUCAGGAGAUUUUCGACAAAUUUUACCAGUGGUUGUCAGAGGAACAAGGGCUGAUGAAGUCAAUUCAUGUAUUAAAAAAUCUUUUCUAUGGCCAAAAAUAAUACGCUUUUCUCUUUUGCAAAAUAUGAGAGUUCAUUUAGGAGGUGAGCAGGGAGCUCAAGAAUUCUCCAAUCUUCUCAUUGCAAUUGGAAAUGGUACUUUAGAAGAGAUCGAUGGCUCAAUUACAAUUCCAACAUCUUUAGCCACAGUUGUAACCUCUCAAGAAGAACUAAUAGAGCACGUUUUUCCCGGAAUUGAAAACCUACUAACAAUUCAAAGCUCUUGGUUAUGUGAACGUGCCAUUUUAACACCAACUAAGGAACAAGCAAAACAGCUUAACCAAAAAAUACUUUCUUUAUUCGAAGCAGAAGAAAGAACGUAUUUUUCCGUAAAUAGUUGUAUUAAUGACGAUGACAGUGUUCAUUAUCCUAUAGAGUUUUUGGAUUCUGUUACAGCUCCGGGAUUACCAGCUCAUGAAAUAAAAGUAAAAGUCGGAGCUCCUAUUAUGCUUUUGAGAAAUAUAAAUCCUCCAAAAUUAUGCAAUGGUACACGUCUGAGAGUGCGAACGCUUCACAGGUUCAUCAUAGAAGCGGAUAUUCUUGCAGGAUGUGCUGCUGAAGAGUCCGUUUUUAUACCGCGUAUUCCACUAAUUCCAUCAAAUUAUCCGUUUCAGUUUAAAAGACUACAAUUUCCCAUUAGUCUGUGUUUUGCAAUGACGGUAAAUAAAUCCCAGGGUAAAACGCUAUCCACGGUAGGAUUGGAUUUAGAAGAGUCGGGAUGCUUCUCACAUGGACAAUUUUAUGUAGGAUGUUCAAGAAUGCACGACUGGUUACCUCCACGCGGUGCAUUUUGGAAACAAUAUCAUUUAAAUAAAGCUUGA